AUGAGAUUCUCGGCCUCGAGCCUCCUGGGGCUCUCUGGGCUUCUGUCCGCCUCCGUCUUCGUCGUGGCCCAACCCGCGGACAGCACCUUCAUGAGCGUACGCGAGAGUGUCGCCAAGGACUACGAAAGCGAAGGCGAGAUUCCCAGGACGAAAUACUUCAGUGAGUACCAUCCACCAGCCAUAAGCCUCCCCCGAGGCGCCCGGUCUUGGCAAUGGGGCUUUUGCUUCGCGGAUAAGCCCCUGCCCGACGAUGAAGUCACCCCUCACCUCUCCGCCUUGAUCCAGACCUACCUAUCAAUCAUGUCGUCCAUCGGCGCCGAAACAUGGAUCAUGCACGGCACAUUACUUUCCUGGUGGUGGAACCAAAAGAUCUUCCCGUGGGACAACGACCUGGAUGUGCAGAUUUCCGAGCCGACUAUCCAUUUCCUGGCGGAAUACUACAAUAUGACCGACCACCACUUCGACCUACCCGGUGUCGACGGCGGCCGCACGUACCUGCUUGAGAUCAACCCCAACUACGUCGUGCGUAGCGAGAAAGACCGAUUGAACGUGAUUGAUGCGCGCUGGAUCGAUAAGUCAUCCGGCCUGUUUAUUGAUAUCACCGCCGUGCGCAAGGACGAGGGCAAGCGUCAACGGGGCGACUCCGAGGCGCUGAUGUGCAAGGAUCGCCAUCACUACCAGGAGAGCCAGAUUUUCCCGCUGCGCGAGAGUUACUUCGAGGAAGUGCCGGUCAAGAUUCCAUACUCGUAUGUCGAGCUUCUGGAGGAGGAGUAUGGGGCGAACUCUUUGACGAACAAGGACUUCCAAGGGCACAAAUUCAACGAAGACACCAAGAUCUGGGAGCAGAUGAAGUGA